UCCCCUAUGCGAUUCGACACUCAAAAGGCCUCUCAAUGCAAAUCCAGAAACUCCAUUGAAUAGUUUAGCCACGAUGUUUGUUGCCAAGAGCAUUAACGCCGAACACAAAGACCUGAUUCAUGAUGUGUCUUUCGACUUUUAUGGGAAGAGGAUGGCCACGUGCUCGAGUGACCAGAGUGUUAAGAUCUGGGAUAUGGGGGAAAAUGGAGAGUGGGUGUGUACAAGUUCUUGGAAGACACACUGUGGUCCAGUCUGGAAGGUGACAUGGGCUCACCCUAAUUUUGGCCAGAUCAUUGCCACUUGUUCCUUUGACCGUGCAGCUGCAGUGUGGGAAGAGACAGUGAGUGAUUCUGGACAUGCGAUUCAUAGUGCUUGGAUCAGGCGAACAAAUCUAGUGGAUUCUCGAACAUCUGUAAUGGAUGUUAAAUUUGCCCCAAAACAACAGGGUCUCCAGUUGGCAACUUGUUCUGCUGAUGGUGUGGUCAGGAUCUAUGAAGCCCCAGAUGUCAUGAAUCUUAACCAGUGGUCGCUUCAGUAUGAGAUUAACUGUAAGGUCUCCUGCUCUUGUAUUUCAUGGAACCCAUCGCCUUCCAGACUUCACUCUCCCCUUAUUGCUGUGGGUAGUGACGACCCCAGCUCGUCCUCGGGGGGAAAGGUCUUUAUAUACGAGUUCUCUAACAACACACGCAAGUGGACAAGAGUAGAGACCCUAGUGACGGUGACAGAGCCAGUACAUGACAUUGCCUUUGCCCCCAACCUCGGGCGAUCGUAUCAUCUGCUGGGGAUUGCCACCAAAGACGUCAAGAUUAUUGCCCUUAAGCCUAAUAAACAAGACAGUACGCAGAAUCAGAGCAGUUUGUCAACCUUUGAGGUUCGUCAGGCGGGUCAGUUUGAUGACCAUGGCUCAACAGUGUGGCGUGUUAGCUGGAAUAUGACAGGCACCAUUUUGGCUUCGUCUGGGGAUGAUGGGUGUGUGCGGCUGUGGAAAGCAAACUACCUGGACAUCUGGAAAUGCAUCUCAACUCUCCGUGGUGAAGGCAUUGUCAACAUUCCAGAAGUGGCUUCAGUGGGUACCACAUCCCAGCAGAUUGGAGGCACAACAACAGGCCAGACCACUGCACGCUACUUCAAACUGGCUCCUACGACGCACCCCUCUCAUGUUCCUUGGCAUUAAGAAAUAAUUUAGGUCCUCUUAAUUUUUUUUGUUUGUUUCCUCACAUUCUUUUACUUAAUUUGUAAACUGUGACAUAUGCAGUAUAUCUGUUUGUGAUAUUAUGAAUGUUGUAUGUGAAAAUAUUUUUAUUUCCAUGAGGUGGAAAGGUUGUACAAUGGAAGGGAGUUCUUUUCAUGUAAUCACAGUCAAAUAUAAUUGAACAAAUGAUUUUCA